CCCGCUCGCACUUGGCAGCACGGGGAAUAGAUCGAAGCCUCGAGUGACCGUACCUCAUCUCAAUUACUCACAACAUUGAUCUGAUCAAUUCGCACCUCGUCACAAAUCAGUCACAGACCACGAAUCACAUCCUGUUCGAAGCCAGACCGACCACGACCGGGCGAGUUUCAUCUCGCGGGCUUGCAUCAUGACAAUUGAGCCUUCGACGGGUGAUUGCGGGAAACGAUCCGAGUGCGUGUCGCUCGGCAGGAGCAAGGAAUGCUUGACAUAACAGGAUCCAUCAACCCUAAUCGCACGGGUGGGCUAUGCAGACGUACGAUGGAAGAGUCUGACGCGCCCAAAUCCUUCCUGUCUGUUAUCCCUGGCCGAUCGCCUUCCCUGCCAUUCCGGUGCACCCGGUUCUCACAUUCACCGCGCUCAUAAGUAUGAGGAUUCGUUCGGCGUCUAUGUGAGACCGAGAACGAUCCCGUCUUCACGUUCCCUCUCCCUUUCACUCCCUCCCUCACUCGUUCCUCCACUCCUCUGACAUGGCGACACCUGCUCAUCCACUCCCGCUCCCGCCGCUCGAUUCGUCGCUGGGCGCGAUCGAGGUCGGCGCCACUGCCGGGAUGUUCUUGUUCGGGAUCGGCACGCUACAGACGUUCUACUUUUUCCGCAAGUUUCCAAACGAUAAAGUUCAUCUCAAAGCAACGGUCGCGCUGCUGUGGAUGCUAGAACUGGGACAUACGCUCUCGACGUCGCAUGCUCUGUACUCGCUGACGGUGACCUUUUACGGGCAACCGCAGCACAUCGAGUCCCCACCCCACUCGUUACAGAUGACCAUCCUCUUCUCCGCGCCCAUCUACUUCAUCGUCCAGAUCUUCUUCGCGAACCGCAUCCGCGCUCUGACCGGCCGGUGGCCCAUCACGGUCAUCUGCUGGUUCCUCACGCUCCUGCGCGCGGUCUGCACGCUCGCAAUCCUCGCCGUGACGCUCCGCCCCGGUGCGACCAUCACGCAGCUUGAGGGGCAGUUCCAGUGGCUGCUCACCGUCGCGUUAUCGCUGGGCGUCGCGGUUGACGUCAUCAUCGCAGCGGCGUUGUGCCAUUGUUUGUAUGGGCUGCGGGGGAAGAGCGGAGCUGUGACGAAGAAGAUGGUAGAUACGAUGAUUGUUUGGACACUGGGUGAGCAGCUUAUAUUCCAUCUUUUGCGAGAAAGGAAGACUAACCCUAGUCCAGAGGCUGGGACGUUGACUGGAGGAACCAGCGUUGCGACUAUCGUCAUCUUUGCCAUACGACAUGAUCUCGCGUGGUUCUCAUUCUACCUCGUACUUGCUAAAUUGUUUUCCAACUCGAUGCUUGCCUCGUUGAACGGACGGCAACAUUUCCGCGCCGCCAUCAAACCCACCAUCGUUCUCCAGACAACGCACACGCACACUCAUUCUUCUUCUGCGCAGAGUCCCAGGACGCCCACUCGCCACAGCAUCUCACAAUUUGAGAUGCACGGGCUGGGUGACAUGGAUGAAGUCAAAGAGGACGAGUCGACUCAUUAUGUUGUGACCCCGAAAAAGGAUAUCGAAGCUGCGGAUAUAAAGCAGAUGUUCAGAGUAGCGUGAGGGAGCGCGGUUGUACAACAAAUGUAUUCAAUAGACUAGGUUGGAGCGGCAUUUAGUCCUUACCUUCGAGCGUCCUAGACACAGCUUGAGCACCCCACUGUAUCCGACUUUAGCUCAGUUGGAAGAGCGCAAGACUGUAAUGGGUAACAUAUUAUCU